ACCAGCAACUGAGUUGAGACUGUAAGCGAGAUAGAACACCGCGUUCAAGUGCUACCGCGUUACACGGGAACCCGUAGUUGAACGCCUGCGUCUCUCUCUUAUACUACUUCGACCACUACUACAACAACUACAGGAACUACAACAACUACUAUUACAACAACUAAUACUCCUGCUACUACUAACUCUCGGUGUACAGUGUCGCGGAUACAAUUCCAAAGCCAGUUAGUACUUGGCGCCCAACACGAGUCUCAUCGGAGCCUCAUCAGUCAUCAGUCAUCACUCAUCACUCAUCAGAACAGUUAAUAAAUAAUAAAUAAUAAUAAUUGUUAAUAAUAAAUCGAUUAUUAAACCCGAGUGCGGAUUAAAAGUGUUGACAGCAGUGACCGUUUCACCCCCACCCCAGCCAGCCCCUGCACUCUUGAUCCUCGACACUCUUGGCGGUCUGGUGUCGCGGUUCCGCGAGACGAUCGCUCUCUCCCACUACACCCGGAGCCCGACUCCAGACAAUAUACCGAGUUCGACACGGGCGACACUGUCGGUCCUCGUCCCACUCGCCGUCGCACUACAGACUACACCAAGACCGAACCGGAUUCCAUCGAAAAGAACACGACGAUUCGCUGGUGGAUAGUCGCGACCGAUCAUAGCUGGCGCGUCGAUCGGAUCAACGGACCGUCAGAUUGUCUACUCGCUUUCCAGUAUCCAUUCUUACCUUACCUUACACUUUAUUACUGUUAUGGUGUCCGUGGAUUUAUGUCAUACAUCUCUAUUUAAAUAAUUAUUAUUAUUUAUCCAGUGAUUAUUAUUAUUAUUUAUUUAAAUACCAGUGGCAAGUGUCUUUUUUAUUUACUGUGAGUGAAGUUUCUGUGAUAACUUGGAUACCUUUUAUUAUUUUUAUUUUAGAAAAUUGGUUUUAAAACUCCGAUAUCAUGAUCAUCACUUUUUGUUUUUUAAAACAAGUGAUUCGUGGAUAGUGAGUUUUUUUAAUUGAAAAGAAUAAAUUUUAAAAAGUACUUGAUGUUAACCAGGUGGUUUUAAUUAUUUUAAUCAUGAUUGCGUAGCGAAUUACGAAAAUCACGGCCCUCAGUGGCCGACACAACAUGUCACAGUUCUCUUAUCGUGGAUCACCAAAUUUACAGUGUCCCGUAACAGUAAGUGGAGCGUUAGCCUCAUCGUCGCCUUCGCCAGCGUCGGCAUCGCACCUGACCAGCGGCGUCUCAUCAACCGGUGGCGAUAACCACCCUCUGACGCCAUUGUCGAGUGUCGCGAGGAUGGCAGUGACCAGUGCGAUAAUUCGCCCACCCGGGAGUCCCACGAGCUCAGUGAGUCCCUCGUCCCAGCAGCCGCAUGGGCCUCCGCCGUCGGGUCCACCGGGCAGCGGACGCUGUUGCGACACCGGAAGACCCAUUUUCACGGACCCAGUCACUGGACAGUCGAUCUGCUCUUGUCAGUACGAGCUCCUGGGUGCGGGCUACCAACGUCUCGGUGGCAUCACACCCGCAGCACUUUCCAUGUACUCGACGCCCUAUGCCGCCGCGGCGGCAGCUGUCGCAUCCGAGGGUAUGGCCGCGUACUUUCCGGCCCUCGGCGCCGAGCAAACUCCUUUUUACGCUCCCACUGCAGCAGGUCUCGAUCUAAAAGAGAAUCUAACCGCGGGUGCAGCUGGCUGGCCGUAUCCCGCAGUAUAUCAUCCUUACGAUGCUGCAGCAUUCGCCAGCUAUCCCUUCAACGGAUAUGGAAUGGAUUUAAAUGGCGCGCGACGAAAAAACGCGACUCGCGAAACGACGAGCACCCUCAAGGCCUGGUUGAACGAGCACAAGAAAAACCCUUACCCGACGAAAGGUGAGAAGAUAAUGCUCGCGAUAAUAACCAAGAUGACGUUGACCCAAGUGUCCACGUGGUUCGCGAACGCGAGGAGAAGACUUAAGAAGGAAAACAAAAUGACGUGGGAGCCACGGAACAGAGUCGAGGACGAGGAUAACAAUAAUGAUGACGAUGACAGCGGUCGCAAGAGCGUCGACGAGAAAGAUCGACUUGAUUCCAAAGACUCAGGAACGGGAUCAUCAGAAGACGGCGAGCGACCCACGAAUCGUCUGGACCUCCUACACCCCUCGACAGGAAGUGGACUUCAGAGCCGCAUCCAGGAGAGCGAGUGGUCGGAAUCUCGUGCGGACAGUGGGCCCGAUAGUCCCGAGUGUCUCUACGAUCAACGAGAGCCCCCUCGGCACCCACUCCAGCUCCAACACCCGGCGUAUCUCAGUGCCCACAACCGGCUUCUGCGCCAUCCGUCUCCCGAAAGCACCUCGCCGACGGGCCCAGUCCAUUUGCCGACCUCAACCAGCACCUCCAGCGGCAACUCGACGGAAAACGCUAAGCCUCGAAUCUGGUCUCUGGCGGACAUGGCUAGCAAAGACGCCGAUAGUCCCAUAGUGCCCUCUAGUGCCGCGCUUACAGGCCUCGGGAAUCCCUACCAGUCUUCUCCAGGAGGUGGCAAGAUCGUCAGUCCCCUGGCGAACCGGUUCCCCCCACAUCAUCAUAUACAUCCAGCCAUCUCUGGGACUCAGUACGUCAGGCAUCAUCCGGACUUCUACCGCAACUUCUACGGUGCAGCUUCGCAGCUCGGCUCCGGGGACAUGGCUUUCCUAGAGUCUUACUCGCGGACCCUUGGGGGUCUUGGACUCCCGCCAAAUUCAGUACCUGCGAGCAUGCUGACUUCAACGCCGCCCGCUGUCUCCACCAGUAUCACUGUCAAGCCCUUCCCCCUUAAUGGCAGUACCAAUUCUAAUAAUAGUAAUAAUAAUAAUAAUAGUAAUAAUGCAAAUAAUAGUAGUAAUAACAAUAAUAAUAAUAAUAAUAAUAGUAGUAGUAAUAACAAUAGUGGAGGCCUGAUGACGCCGUCGGAGGUAUCGCCGUCGUCCUCAGUGUCCUCGCACUCGGACCAGAGGUCGCCGCAUCCGAGUGAGGCGGAAGGAAAGUCACCGCGAGUGUGAUCGAUGUCCAAAAGGCACGAGGUUUAGUGAUGAGUAAAUUUUCAUUGUGACCCGACAAUAAGCAGACUUAUGUCUUGUAAUUAGUGUACAGUUCUAAGAGAUAUUAUUGUCAUCUGGAUCAUAUUACUGUUCAAUUAAUCUCUCCCGACAAUUAUGAUAAUUUUUUGGGAACUAAAUUCUACGAGGGGUUUCAAAUUUUUUUUUAGUCGGAUAGAGUUCUAGAAGUUUUUUCAGCGAUUUUUUUUGUAAUUAGCAAUUUUUUGCAAUGCCCUGGAAAAAUACUUUUUUAACAAGACCUUUCAAAAAUAUUUUUUUUUUUACCCAAAAAAAAGCUUCUGUAUAAUUAUCAUGCAUCCAAUAGCUUUUUUGACUGAACCGAUUAUAA